CGCGAGGGUUGGGGACUCGUUGAUUUUUUUCAUUCUUAUUUUUGUUUUCUGCUCCGUGAACAUCUAGAAGAAGGGGAAAAAAAUCAAAAGUGAAGAAUUGGCGCCCGCGAAGGGGACGUGCCCGGUUGAGGGGACCGGGAGGUUUGGGGAGGUCGUUCUUUUUCCCCCCUUUUCUUUUUCCUUCUUGAACAUUUGGAAGAAGCGGGGGGUGGGGGGGUGGGGGUGGAAUUCGAAUUCGAAAAGAAUUGACAUCCCCGAAGGGGACGAGGACAAAGACUGGGCCAGGAUGGACGUGGCGGACCCUCAGCCGCUGGGUCUGUUCCCCGAGGGCGAGCUGAUGUCGGUGGGCAUGGACACCUUCAUCCACCGUAUCGACUCCACCGAGGUGAUCUACCAGCCGCGCCGCAAGCGCGCCAAGCUCAUCGGCAAGUACCUGAUGGGGGACCUGCUCGGGGAGGGCUCGUACGGCAAGGUGAAGGAGGUCCUGGACUCCGAGACCUUGUGCCGCAGGGCGGUCAAGAUCCUCAAGAAGAAAAAGCUGCGCAGGAUCCCCAAUGGCGAGGCCAACGUCAAGAAGGAGAUCCAGCUGCUGCGGCGGCUGCGGCACCGGAAUGUGAUUCAGCUGGUGGACGUGCUGUACAAUGAGGAGAAGCAGAAGAUGUAUAUGGUGAUGGAGUACUGCGUGUGUGGCAUGCAGGAGAUGCUGGACAGUGUGCCGGAGAAGCGCUUCCCUGUGUGCCAGGCCCAUGGGUACUUUCGCCAGCUGAUUGACGGCCUGGAGUACCUACACAGCCAGGGCAUUGUGCACAAGGACAUCAAGCCGGGCAACCUGCUGCUCACCACCAACGGCACGCUCAAGAUCUCCGACCUGGGUGUUGCCGAGGCCCUGCACCCCUUUGCUGUGGAUGACACCUGCCGGACAAGCCAGGGCUCCCCGGCCUUCCAGCCACCCGAGAUCGCCAAUGGACUUGACACCUUCUCAGGUUUCAAGGUGGACAUCUGGUCAGCUGGGGUCACACUCUACAACAUCACCACGGGCCUGUACCCAUUUGAGGGAGACAAUAUCUACAAGCUGUUUGAGAACAUCGGGAGAGGGGACUUCACCAUCCCUUGCGACUGCGGCCCACCACUUUCUGACCUGCUCCGAGGGAUGUUGGAGUAUGAGCCAGCCAAGAGGUUCUCCAUCCGACAGAUCAGGCAGCACAGCUGGUUCCGGAAGAAACACCCGUUGGCUGAAGCACUGGUGCCCAUCCCCCCGAGCCCAGACACUAAGGACCGUUGGCGCAGUAUGACAGUGGUGCCCUACCUGGAGGACUUGCAUGGCCGUGCCGAUGAGGAUGAGGAUGAGGACUUGUUUGACAUUGAGGAUGGCAUCAUCUACACCCAGGACUUCACGGUGCCCGGUGUCGAGGAGGCGGCCGAGGCAGGGCUUAGCGAGGAUGCAUGCGACACAUGCAUGUGGAAGAGCCAGGGCGCAGGCCUUCCUGGAGAGGAGCCCGAGGAGGGGUUCGAGGCCUUAGUGUAGCUCCCUGGCUGCUGCCCUGCCCAUGUCCUCCAUAAAGCUUUGUCCACUGUGUCUGCAGGUGGAUGCUUGCCGCGACUGCCCUUCCCUGUCACUACCCUGGCAGGCUUCCCACCAGGGUGCCAAAAAAACACCAGGUUCAAGGCCUGAGCCAGGCCCUCAGCACCAAGGUUACCACUGGCUAGAUAGAGCUCUGAGGGCCCUUGUCCUUGUGCCCCUUAAGCCAGCCCUACUGGAAGGCAUCUCCUGGCCCUUCAAACAGUUGUGUGUGGGAGGGUCAGGCCCCUGGACCCCUGGUGUCCCUGUAGCAAUUAAGGGUUCAGGAAGCAUUACCAGCUGGGACCCUGAGUCCGGUAUGGGCCCUAGCCACAGUCGUUCUCAAGAUUCACAGUUCUAAUAGCAUCUUCUGUUCAGACAGCGAGGGCCUCGUCACCCUGAGCCCGUCUGGAAUGUGUACCACUAGCUAGGCUCUCAGCUGAGGGCUGACGCCUGGCAGGACCUCCAUGGGAGCUCACCAGUGGGGGAGGGGUGCACUUAGGAUGCUGACUGCAUCUUUGGGACCCUCAGGGAGGCUGUGGUUUGAAAGAAGGCAAGGCUACGGGGAGGGGUCUGGGGACAUUGCCUUGUAUCUGGGUAGCCAGUGGGGCCCUGUGUCACCUAGAAUGGUGCUGUGCAGGGGCAGUACCUAAGGACAGCCUCUGCACAGGACCCAGUGCCUUGUGGGGAGGGGUUUCCUGCUACGGGGUCACCGUACCUCAUGCUUCAGUCUAGCCCAGAGUGAGGGCUAGGGUGGGUGCUGCCAGUCUUGGCAGAAUCAGAGGUUUUGGGAGGAGGGA